GUGUCCUCAGCAUCUAUCAGUUCCAGGAGCCUCACAGACUAUUCUCGUGCUGUUGGGAUGCAGCCAGGAUGGCUCACAACCACCACCAUGUCUCAAAUACAGAAUCUGAGAAGUUACUCCAAGUACAAGACCAAGAAGGAUGUCCAGACCCUUCUCCAUCAACAGCGCUGAUUCCUAAAGACUCUGACUUCUUUCCUUCUGUCGCUCUGGCGGCUGCCCUGCUACUCAUCUUUGUCUCUGUCCUUCCUCUGUUGUCCCAGUCUGGCACAGCCUUUGUCCCAUUCCAAAAACUGGGUAACUUUUCCAGAAAAGAGGCCAAUUUCCACCCCCUCCUCUACAUUCAGCCUCGGUCCACACAGUUAACCUUAGAGGCAUUAGCCAAAAACCAUGAGGAGAACAUCACAGUGUUGGCCGUGGCCAAGGAGCAAGCAACUCUGACCCUUCUUUGCUUCUCUAAGAAUGUCUUUUCUCUUCUGUCAAAGCAAAGCCAAGGUCUUUCUGUCAUCAGACAGGUCAUGGAAGACAUGAGGAACAAUAGUAACGCAAGAUCUUCAGAGGUCUUCUCUGUCUCAGUUGUGACUCAGAGAAGAGGACACGGUCCUCACUGCACAGUUCUAAGACCUCCAAGCCCCGUGACUGGUAAUGUCCACCUAACAGAGAUAAGUUCACCUCAAGAAAAAGAGGUGACUGAGCAGAGAGAGUCUUUUACCAUAGCCCGUGAGCUCCUGGAACUCAUGUAUAAGACCGGACUAGUCCCAGAGACUUUUGAGGUCAAGGGAACAUCAAGACAUCAUGUGAAAGUCAUGCAUGUACUUGGUGACCCCUACCUUGAGAGUGGCAUCGUAUGUUGACUUAACUGUGAUGACCGAAACAUAACUCGUUGGAAAUUGUUUGGUCUCCUAACAUGGUCGGGUUCAUCACCUAACUGUCUGAUCACAGAUGCACUCACUGGAGAUAGAACCUGGAUGUGGAGAACUGGAGAUAAUCUAUUGUGUGUGUUCUCCGGAGAACCUGGACGUGAAGAACUGGAGAUGAUCUGACUAGAUGACAUGAACUUUGGGACAUAUUAUGCUCAUGGAUAUUAGGUGUGCAUGGUCCUUUGAUCCACUACUGACCUACAGUUAAAGUGUUUUAUCAAUCUGUCCACUAGAUGGUGCCAAAACUCCAUAUUAAUUAUACUGGACGCUGGUACGUAUAGG